AUGCCAGGACAUUGGUCGAAUGACAGGAAGUUGGAAGUUGGUGUAGGUUGUGAUAAUGAAAUAAGAAUGCCAGGACAUUGGUCGAAUGACAGGAAGUUGGAAGUUGGUGUAGGUUGUGAUAAUGAAAUAAGAAUGCCAGGACAUUGGUCGAAUGACAGGAAGUUGGAAGUUGGUGGUUGUGAUAAUGAAAUAAGAAUGCCAGGACAUUGGUCGAAUGACAGGAAGUUGGAAGUUGGUGUAGGUUGUGAUAAUGAAAUAAGAAUGCCAGGACAUUGGUCGAAUGACAGGAAGUUGGAAGUUGGUGUAGGUUGUGAUAAUGAAAUAAGAAUGCCAGGACAUUGGUCGAAUGACAGGAAGUUGGAAGUUGGUGUAGGUUGUGAUAAUGAAAUAAGAAUGCCAGGACAUUGGUCGAAUGACAGGAAUCAUGCGUCUGGCAGCAACACUCUCAGACGGAGCCUGGCAGAGGAAAAGGAAGAGUUUCGUAUUAAUUUUGUCGGAGCUGAUUUCCAGUGA